AAGUUGCAAUCAAAUGCGCUAAAGGGCAGAAUCAUAACCGCACAAUGAUAGUGGGAUUUUUAUUAGAAUAUUAUUCUAAUCAUGCAUUAGCAAAUGUUGGAUGGAUGUUUACAGUGAGUCAAGCAGUCCCAUUAUUAUUAUCUAGUAAAAAUUUAGAACUGUAUCUAAAAGAAUUAUUUUAUAAACCAUGCUUUGGAGUAAAAGAAGUUUUGAUUGACCAAUGUUUUGUUGAUCCAUAUGAAUUAAGGAAAGGUGAACAUGAGGCUGUUCAGCCUUUAAGUGCAAGGCCAAGAUUAAUACAAAACGUCACUAAAAAACCUUCCUUAAUGGAACGAUUUUCCAAUUUUAAUUUGUUUAAAAGUGGUUAUGAAGCAAAGAAAUAUAUGGAAAAUAGCAAUGAAUUAGGUCAAAUGAUAAGUGUUCAUGUAGUUCCAUUACCAGAUUUUCUUCUAUAUCCAAAUGGUAUAAAAGAUAAAAAGCUGAAAACAAAAAGUCUGUUCCUAAAACUAUUAAAACUAUUAAUUUGGCCACGUGAAUAUGUUAUAAAGAAGGAGGAGGAUUCUAGUGCAUUUUUGCAAGUAAUUAAACAUAGUGGAAAUGAAUUAAUCUUUGAUAAUCCAUCGUUGGAAGCAUGCAUCAAAUACAAAUAUCCUCCAGCAAAAAUUUUUUAUGCCAGACAAUUACUGCUUUACAUAGCUUUCUCAAUUUCUAUAAUAUAUCAUCUUGGUGUGACCACUUUCUCUAAUAAUGGCUUUGCAAAACCUGAUGAUGCAAGAGAAUAUGCAAAUCUUUUUUAUAGUCCGGCCAAAAACACAUAUGUGUUUAUAAUCGUGCUAUAUUUUAGUUAUUAUUUGUUGGCUAUUGAGUUCAUACAAGUUAGGCAGGAGAAAAUUCAAAGAUAUUUCAGCUUAUUCAAUUUCAUAGAUAUUAUAUCAAUUGUAGUUCCAUUUGCUACUUCAGUAGGGAAUUAUAUUAUUGCUAUAUUUUCAUAUGCGGAAUCAAUUAACUUUAUAAAUCGAGGAAAUGAUGAUUCACAAGCUCUAGAAGAUUUUCUAACAGCAAGAUUUGAUUUAGUUAAAAUAAAUCGAUAUGCUAUAAUUAUUAAUUCUUUUGUUGUGUUGAUCAUAUGGCUGCAAGCUGUAACUUUUGCACGUCCUGCAUAUUUCAUCAAUCUUAUUAUUGAUAUAAUAUCAAGUGUUUGGCCAUUUUUAGCUUUUAUGUUGAUUGCAAUUGGUGGAUUUGGUCAUGCAAUGUACAUAUUAUUAAACGAUCCAGAUAGUAUCGGAUUAACCCCAAACACCUCAGGUUAUGGUAUAAGUGACACAUCAAUCCCUGAAGGAAGUCCUAAUCCUUACGCCAAUAUAGAAAUUCAACCAAUUGUUAAUGUAAAAGAUGUAAAUGAUAAUUUUUUUUUCGAUUUUGGGAAAUCAGUUGAAUCUGUUUAUUUUUGGCCAUUAGGCAGAUGGGAUCAAAUUGAUCAAUGGGAUUUUUGGCCAGUUGAUGCAUUGAGCAUAUUUGCAAGUUUAUUGCUUGUAAUUAUAAUGCAAAAUUUAUUAAUCGCAUUUAUGACUGGUAUAUUUGAAGAAGCAAGUCAAAAUGUGAAACAAAAAACCUUGAAAAUUCGAGCAGAUCUACUGGCAGAUUAUGAAACAUUGGAGAAACCAUUUGGUAAUUCUAGAGGAAAUCCACAAUAUAUUUAUUAUGUUGGAAAAGCUAAUGAGUUAGAAAAUUGGUUAUUGAAAACUGAAAAGUUUCAUAGUAAACGAUCCAAAUCAUUGUUGCUUGGAGAUGAUGCUUCUUCGUGUUUGUAUGAUUUUGAAUAUGAAGAGUUUAUUGAUGAUGAUGAAUGUGAUGAAGGUAAAGAUGAUGUUUAUAUAGAUGAAGAGAAUAAGAAAAUGAUGCAUAAAAAUAAUGAUGUUGAUAAAAUUUCUUCAUCUAAACUGGAUGGUGGAGAUAAAUACAAUGAUAAUAAUGAGAAAACCUGUCGUCCUGGUGAAAAUAUGAGAUUUGUA